CGUCGACAACGGUAAAGUGAACUGAAAGCCGAAUAUAAUUUUCUCCUUUUCUUUAAUAAUAUUUUUUUUUAGAGAAAAAAACGCCCUUCCCCUUCGUUUACCCGACAAAAAAAGAAAAAAAAAAAAAGAGAAAACCAAAACGUCACCGCUCCAAAUAUCCUCUCUCUCUCUCUCUCGUAAAGCACAUAUUCUCUAGUAUACAGAAAUGUCACCUCUACACCGCUUUCACUCACUGCCACUUCUCUUCUUCUUUUUCUUCUUCUCUUCACCAGUAACUUCCCACACCCCCACCACCACACCGACAACACCGCCGCCAUCCACAUCCCUCCCGGAAUGGCGAUCUGCACACGCCAUGUACUACGCAGCAUCGGACCCACGAGACUCAGUAGGGGGCGCGUGCGGAUACGGAGACCUAAAACAAGCAGGAUAUGGACUGGCAACAGUAGGACUCAGUGAAGCAAUGUUCGAAAGAGGUCAGAUCUGUGGGGCAUGUUUCGAGUUGCGGUGUGUUGAAGAUUUACGGUGGUGCAUACCUGGGACGUCUGUUAUUGUUACUGUUACUAACUUUUGUGCUCCUAAUUAUGGCUUUCCUUCUGAUGGUGGCGGCCAUUGUAAUCCUCCUAAUCUUCAUUUCGUCUUGCCUAUUGAAUCUUAUGAAAAGAUCGCUAUUUGGAAAGCUGGUAAUAUGCCUGUUCAGUAUCGCAGGAUCAAAUGCAGAAAGGAAGGAGGAAUCCGUUUCACUGUCUCCGGAUCUACUAUCUUCAUUUCAGUGCUGAUCAGCAAUGUUGCAGGUGCUGGAGAUGUAGUUGCAGUGAAGAUUAAGGGUUCAAGAACAGGUUGGCUUCCAAUGGGUAGAAAUUGGGGCCAGAAUUGGCAUAUUAAUGCUGAUUUAAAGAAUCAACCACUCUCAUUUGAGGUCACUAGUAGUGAUGGGCUCACAGUUACCUCUUACAAUGUUGCUCCCAAGGAUUGGAACUUUGGGCAGACUUUUGAAGGAAAGCAAUUUAUGACUUAGUGUAGGGACAUGGAGGCAAAUCAUAUAGACAAAGACCAUUCUUUCUUUUUGCAUCCACCUUAUUUAUUCUGCUUUCCAGUCAGGUGGAAGUAGUAGCGUAUGGAGUGAAGGGUUUCCUGGUUUGAUGGAAUGUGUAUGUAUUGAUGGAUUGGAGAGAUAAAAAUAUAAGAUUGCAAAAAAGCCAGACAAAAGAAAAAGUUUGAAGAGACCACUUUAUUGUAAGAGAACACAAUACAAUGUUGUAAGAGAACCCUAAUUGUCAAAUGAUCAAAAUUGCUGCUUAUUUGCGCUUGUGCUCA